CUUCAUUAUCGACAAUCAAUGCGCGAUCGACUUAACGUUGCUAGGCAACCACUAAACAAAUGUCUGGUCGACAUUAAUAAUUCUUCAAUUCGGUCGGUUCGUUAGCUCCGCGUCGGUUAUAAACGCAUCGUUAAUUUUUUUUUUUCGUAAAAUUCACAUGUAAACCAGCACGUCUAAAAAUUCCGACACACCCAAGCCCCCUCCAUCAUGGAUGCAGGCGACAGACAAGUCCAGUUCGGCAGACCCAAAGACGACGACGACGACGACCUGGAAUUCCGGGAAAACAUCAACGAAAGACUCCGCCACGCCACGGUCCAGGCACCCACGCAAGUCCGCCAGAGGACCAAGUUCUUCUCGAAGCUGAUGGCCACGGUGGCCAUCUCCGUCAUGCAGGACGCCCUCCACGAGAUCAUCAUCAUGCGCGAAAUCAAUCAAAUACCCCAGGCUCAUGUGGACGUCGACUUCGUGCCUCUGACUGAGAAGUACUCCGCGGUGGAGUUCAACGUGGAGAGGCACGUCAGCACGGACAAGAAAUUCCUCGCCUUCCGGAAGUUCAGCAGGGAUCUCACGUGGCUGGAGCAGGUGUUCAACAUUGUCGUGACCAACCUGGAGAACGACUUCUACUUCGACGACCUGGAGAAGAUCCUCGCCGACGACGCUUUGACCAGGGAGGAGGAGACGACUCUGUUGGCGUCCAAGGAGUUCAACCAGCGCGAGCUAGGCAAGCUGCGGCUGUAUAUGGAGUCGGAGCGGAAGGACAUGACGAGGAUGAUCCAGGACCUCACGGAGAGGCUGGGGAACGUCAAGGACGAGCUGAAUGAUAAUAUUUUGGAAAACACGAUUAAAAUUGGGUACGUGACGGAUUGGGAGAAGGCGAGGCACGAGCAGAAUAAGAUUGUUUUGGAUAGGAACGAAAAAGAGUACUCGGGGACCGCGUUCGAUAUGAACGUGGAGAUUGAUAAAGAGAAUCGCGUGCACGAUGAAAUGUGGAUGUUUCUGGAGGGGUCCCUGACCGAGUACCAAGAGGACAUUGAGAAGUGGAUGGAAAAGUAUGAUAGGGAUAUGGAGGAGAAAGAGAAGGAAAUCCAAGAUAUGAAGAUCAGAACUGAAAAUCUGGCGGAAGAACACAUCGCGCUGCAAGCGGAGUACGACCGUCGCCAGAAGGAGAUGGACGACUUCAAAGCCUACAAGAUCCAACAGAAGCGCGAGGCCGAGGAGCUGGAGCGGCGCACCAACGCCGCCACCAGGAUCCAAUCCUGGUGGCGCGGCGUCAUGUUCCGCAAGGGCCUGGGCCCCUUCAGACGAAAGAAGAAGAAGCGCGGCAACGACAAGAAGGGAAGCGCCAGGGGGGGUAGUGGGCGAAAAAAUCAAAAAUAAAUCCCUACAACUAUAA